GAGAGAGAGAGAGAGGGUCAGACUGGGAGGAACGCUCUGGUUGGACGGGAUUUGCAGGGAUUCUGGGUUUUUUUAGGGCUCUUAGUGGAACUGGGGACCCACAGAGGCCUGGUGAAGUCUGGACAGGAGCUUGGAGAUGCUUGAACAGAGUCAUGGUCAGUAGCUGCAGAACAGAAUGAGAUCAGCUGUUGUUGAGCCAGUAUUUCUAUCUACAAUAGACUUUCACAAUGCUUAGAUGGAAAGAUGACCUCACACUGUGUGUUCUGUAGUGUUUGAACCAAAUCACUUAGUGGAUGAUACUUUCACAACAACCUCCAACAGGAAAGCAAACCUCCAUCCAGCCAAUGAAAAUAGACUGAACCAAAGUGAAUGAAGUCUUCUGCAGCCUGCAUGGCGGUGAAUCCUCUGGAGGGUCUCAUGUCGGUUGCGGCAAACCACCAGCUGGUCUGCAGCUCCACGGCUGAGCCACAGAGGCAGCGGCCCUGUGCGGCCAGCAGCCCUGCAUCCCUGCACGGACACAGGCAGAGCACACGCAGCAGCAGGGAGCCCAGGAAGUGGGUGCAAUCUGUGUGGGGAUCCAGAUUAAAGUCUGGUUCUGGCUGUGAGUCUGCAGUCCAGUCCAGGACGCUGAGGGGUCAGCACUCUCCAGAAAAUGCAGCACGUGAGCGGAGUCGUGUACGCAACCUACGGCAGGCCUUCCACAGCCUGCAGGCUGCUCUGCCCUCAGUCCCACCAGACACCAAGCUGUCCAAGCUGGAUGUUCUGGUUCUGGCUACUAAUUACAUAGCUCACCUAACAGAGAUGCUGGACCAGGGAGGGUCAUUGGCUGAACACACCCUGCCCUCCAGGCCGGGUGGAUACCUGCAUCCUGUUAAGAAGUGGCCCAUGCGUUCCCUGCUCUACUGUGGCAGCGUGGGAGAGCUGCUAUCAGGAGUUCCAGCCAAUCAGAUGCCUACACCUGAACGGGGCGGGACACACCCAUUGACCCCCGCCUUAGAAGCAGACAGAGAGUGAUAGCAGCCAUGGCUGGAUUUAUGGAGCUGUGAGGCCACACUCCCCCUGCUUUGGCUGCCGGAUCUGUGUUGAAGUCGAGACACAGCGAGGAGGAGGAUGACUGGAGAGAAAGAUGAAGAGGAGGAGGAGGAGAAGGUGCAGGAGAAGAGGAGAGAAACAGUAACUGGGCUGUGGAGAAAACAAAUACAGAAAGUAGUAACGAAGGAAAGGAGAAGACAAAAAAACUGUAAAAUGUCUCUAAUAUUAUGCCACCUUUGUGAGAGUUGACUUGGUUAUACAUUUAAAUACAAACUUUUCAUACGUUUUCCACUCUUUCAAUCAAUUCACCCUGAUGCCAACAGGUGGUGCUGAAAUUGCUCAGUAGGACAAUACAGUAUGCAGCAGAAACAGUUUCUGAAGAAAUUGUGGUUUGACUGCUGGAUGCUUCGCUGCCAUGCAGGCUGGAAUGUGUCAGAAGCAAUACAAUUAAGAAUAAUUAGUGGGAUGAGGUGGGGUGAUUUUGUCCAUUUUUGAAUCCUUUUCAUCCUGCCUGUAUACACCACUUAAAAAUGUUUAAAUGCCAUGUUGGUACUUUUUUUUUCAGCACAACCUCACCUAUAAUAUAAUAAUAAUUGUUUUUUUAUUCUGACUUACUGGAUCAACAUUUCGAACCAAAAAGAAACAAAGAAAAACAAACAUAAAGGUGAUCUUGUGUCUUUUUAAAGUAAUUUUGUGUCUUUUUAGUCCUUGAAAUGUUGCAAAAGUGAACAAAG